AUGAGUUCCUCCGACUCUCCCGGUGGUUCCCCGGAAAAUCCAGCGACUUUCCCUGCGACAGAUUCUGAUGAUGAAGAAGAAGUCCCUGCAUUUAAUUUUGCCUCUGGUUCUGGUGAAAAUCCGGCGAUCAUCCCUGAGACAGUUUCUGGUGAUGAUACAGUAGCCCGUUUAAUCGAGAAUUGGGGUUGGCUCAUCUCUGAGACAGAUUCUGAUGAUGAUGAAGUAGAUGGUUUGAAGAUGCUUUGCGAUGCAGCGGAGAUGAUUAGGAAACAAGACGAGGCGCGAGCGCGUGAAGAGGAGGAAUGGUUGACGCGGUUGAAGGCAGAGUCCGCCGAGAGGCAAAGGGAAUACACGAAGAGCGUUGCGAAGACUUUUGCUUUUAAGUUGCAUUCUGAGCAAAAUCCCAAGAUUGUUCAAAAGCAAGGAGAAGAAGAUGAAGAAGACGAAGAAGAAAAGGGACAGGGCAAAAGUCGAUUCAAGGAAGCUAAGAAAGCGAUCGCGAGGAGGAGGAGAGAUUCGGUGUCGGGUGCUACUACACCGAGCUGUGGAAUCGACUUGAAUCUGACGGCACACAGGACUUCUCCGACGCUAAUGGAGCUGAGCAUGCGAGUUCUUGCUAAGAACUCCGAUGCAAUCAAGUCUCUGAACCUCGUCCCUGAUCACCUGAAGAGCAAACUCUCGAACAUGGUUGGUGAUUUAGGCCAAGUCAACACACGCUUUAUGCAGCUUCUGAUACAGGAUUCUCCGUCUGAGAUUUCCGUGAGGAACUGUGUAGAUCUAGAGGAGAAAGACUUGGCUCAAAUCCUCUGCGACUGUGAUAGAGUUAGCUUGCAGGAGUUAAAUCUUAAUCUCUGUGGACGAUGUGUGAAUGAAAUCUCCAUAACCGAGUUCUUGAAACGCUCGCCAAACGGGUUUCCAUCAUUGACUACGCUAUCUCUUCAAGGAGCGUUCUCUUUAACAGACAAUGGACUAGCCUUGAUCUCGAGAGCCGCUCCUCUGCUUCGUGUUGUAAACCUCUCGUACUGCUCUUAUCUCACUUUCCACGCCGUGAGGAUUCUUGCUGAUCACUUUGGACCAACUCUUAGAGGGCUUAACAUUGGAGGAUGCCUAGGGAUCAAACCAUCUGAGGUCUUCGAGAGCAGCUUAAUUAAGUUCGAGAAACUGAGCUCUCUCUCGGUUGCAGGACUCGAAGGCAUUCAUGAUGUUGUUGUCCGCUUCUUCACUUCCCGUGGCUCCAACCUCACUGAUCUUUCUUUGGCUUCUUGCGACAACUUGAAUGAUGGAACUAUGUGGACUGUUGGGAGGUGUUGUCCAAAUCUAGAAGCUCUUGACAUCUCAGAAUUGGAUCAUUUGACUGAUGCGUCGUUAAAAGAGAUUGCCGAUGGUUGCAGAUACUUGAACUCGGUCAACUUCACGAAAACCCGAUUCAGUGAUGACGCUGUUGCCGCAUUUCUUGAAGUCUGUGGUGGCUCUCUAAACCAACUCUGCCUAAACAAUGUCCGAGAUGUCGGUCAAGAAACUGCCAUUUCGCUUGCCAAAAACUGUCAGAGUUUGCGUUAUUUGGACCUCUCGUGGUGUCGAAAACUCACGGAAGAAGAACUACGACGGAUCUUGAGUUGGUGCUCGUUACUUAGAUCGCUGAGGUUAUUUGGAUGGACGCAGGUGAGGGACGAAUUCCUUAGAGAACUUUCAAGAUCACAAGUUCACAUCGUUGGAUUGAAAUUGACUUCAAUUUUCGCUCAUCUCGAUGACUCUUACUCAAGUGUAGAUGCCAAGUUCUUCUGA